GGAGAGGGAAAGGGAAAGGGAAAGGGAAAGGGAAAAGUCCCACUGGGGUAAAAUUAGAGUAGGAGUGAACUAAACAAAACCCUUUCACGGAAGCUGAAAACAACGGUGGAUUUGCAAAUUCCAUCUUCAUAUGAAUUCAAUUUCCAUUGUCCGUUGCGUACGAUAGCUUAUGAACACCUUUGCUAUCUCUGAAAGGACUGAAACCUGUUGAUUGUUCGCAAAGAAUUUGAAAGAAAGGAUCAAAAUAUGGUUUGGGGUUUGUUUCCUGCCGACCCACUUUCAGGUGAUGAUAAGUACUACAUCUUCAGCAAAGGGACAUACAAAGUGGGUCGAAAAGGAUGCGAUGUAAUAAUUAACAAAGAUAAAGGAGUUUCACGGAUCCAUUCGGAGAUUGUGGUUGAGGGAAUGGCUUCCUUGGAUCAAUUGCAGAACAAACCUUCUAAAGUAUCGUCCAGUGUUCGGAUAAGAGAUUGCUCGAAGUAUGGAACAUUUAUUAACAAAAGUCAAGGGUCAAAGGAAAAAGUUCAUGAGUUCCCAAAUAAGGAAACAACUCUAAAAGAUGGGGAUCUGAUUUCUUUUGGAACUGGGAAUGCAACCUACAGGUUUUGUUUUGUUCCACUCAUAUUUUUUGUUUACCACACCAAGCCCUUCCAAGUGAAUCAACUUCUUCAAGACAAGAUAUCAUCAAUAGGUGCUCAAAUUACUCGUAUUUGGAGUCCAGAGUGGACACAUUUUCUUGUUGAUCAGUCCAUGCCAUUGACAGAAGAUGUAAUUGAUGCUAUUGUGGCUAAGAAACCCGUUGUCCUCAAUAAAUGGAUCGAGUUUGUUGCAGAAAAAACUAUUUGCACUGAAAUUCCAAGCUGCAGUUCUUAUGCUCCAACCUUGAUGUUGGAAGGACUAUCAGUCAAAGUUGCAGACCCCAAAUCUCGAGAAAACUGUUUGAGAGGGUACACUUUUCUGUUGGAAUCAACAGCCAAGUACAAGUUUAAGGACAGGUUGCAAUUAUUAUUCGAAAUGGUUGGCGCAAAGGUUGUUUCUGCUGAAGAAUUUUGUUCGAGUAGCCAAGGCUUAGAGGAUGAAGAAAAUAAUCAAGUAGUGCGUGUAAUCCCUGCCGGAUUGGUAGACAAGUCUGAGUGUUCCAUUAAAUUGAGUACUCUACAUAAAGUCAAUGAGAUGAAUUUAAUUUGUGCUGUUUUGACUGGGCACCUUGAUCCUUCUAUCUUAAUAUCACCACCUGUUGUAGUCUCAUCUUCAACUUCCACAGAUGAGACAGUGGUGGCAGAUUCUGAUGAAGAAAUAGAAACAGCAACAUCAGUUCACAUGUCUCCCAAUGUUCACACCUCUUCCACUAUUCACACGUUCGAAGGCAGUAAACAUGAGAGCAAAGGGGCAGAAAUAGAAACAGCAAAAUCAGUUCACACGUCUCCCACUGUUCACAUAUUAGAAGGCAUUAAACAUGAGAGCAAAGGGGUAUCUUCUAUGAAUCAUGCUGCUGCUGGACUAGAGACCGGUCAUAUUACUUGUUCUAGGGACAGAAAUGAUAGUAUCACAGUAAAAAGAGACGAGAUUGAUGAAUCAGAAAGUGGAAAUUUGGAUAUUAUAUACAGUCAAGAUUUAAUUGUUAGAGAUACCAACUUACCGGCUACAGUCUAUUCUUCAACAAACAGUGGGGCCCCGAAUUUCAAAUGCUUCAGAAAGAGAAGGACUCAAUCAGGGAAUAGCUUCAGCAAUCUUAUUCCAUUUUCAAAAUAUCCAUACAAAGAUUCUGACUAUGGGAAUGAGGAAGUACUUGAGUCCGUAAAAGAAGAAAAAAAGAGAAAACAGAUGGAGGCUAUCGCAGAGGAUUUGUUCCACAAUGAGAAGGGGAAGCGACGUCGGGCAGCUGGUUCUAUCCAUGGACAUUUUGGUCUUAGUUGACCGAGGUAAUUGUGUUGCUUGCAUGUGUAAAGUAAAUUACAUUUCUACAACUACUACUUGUAUUGCUUAAUAUUUUCAAAUAUUUCAAGACUCAGGAGCUUGUGUUUUUAA